CAUCGGGAAUCUCGCAUCUUACAUAAAUCUCAAGGCUCAUCAGGAAAACAAAAUAUAGAUGUUUUGUAACAAACUGAUAGUUCAAAACUGUGAUACAAGACGACUGACUGGGUCUGAUACUCUAGCCUAUAUACAUCACGUCGUCGUGUUAUAUAAUUUUAAAGGGACUUUUCCGAAGCUGAACAUGGACAUUAAACCAGCGGUUUUUCUCGUCUUAUUCUUGAACCUUUCACAAGGCUAUAAGAUGGCUCCUCCGAAGAGAUGGCGGGCCUGAUCUCGGAUCAUCAGGGCGGCGGAGGAGACAAUUGUCCCUCGACCUCCUCGGACGUUGCCAAGUGCGGCAUCAAGCUUGACGGCAAGACGAAGAUAAAGGCCUCGAGCAUUGCCCAGAAAGCGGCCAAGGAGGCCAAAGACGCAUCCGAUGCCCAGAUGGAGGCGGGAGAGGCGGCAGCUCGUCAAGUGAAGCAACAGUUGGCCGACAAGGCACUGGCCGCAGCCAAGGCGGCAGAAGCGGCUCUGGCUGGGAAGCAGCAGAUCGUGGAGCAACUGGAGUCCGAGGUGAGGGAGGGGGAGCUGGUGGUCCAGGAGGAGAGCACUCUGUUGCAGACCACCCAGACCACCUGUGCUGCGGCGGGACAGGCUUCCAAACAGGCGGCGGAGCAACUAAAGACCAUCACGCAGGCGGUGAAGAAUGCCCAGGAUAAUGUGGUCAACGCGGAGCACGUGGCCAGUGGGGCCCAACAGGAGCUGGGCGAAAAGCAGCAACUGGUUGAUGCGGCUAAGAAGCGGGUGGAGCUACUACUCCGUCAAUUGGAAGUGGCUCGUGCGGACUUCAAGAACACCAAGAAUGCCGCCGAGAAGGCAGCUUGUGCCGCCCAGGAGGCCAGGCAAAGGGCCACUCGGGAGCGCAGGAGGGCGGAACUGAGGCACCGCCUGCGUUUGAAAAGGGCUCGCACCCACCAGGAUCAUUAACUUUUAUAUUUUCUAUUUUUAUUUUUUUGUUUGCUUAUAAAAAGGAGGCUGUUAUGUUUCGAUUAUGAACAAAUAUCCACCUAUGUUUAUAAAGGUUCAAUGUAUCACUUGUUUUAUCCUAA